UACGCACCAUUUCCGACGAGGACCCCUUGUUUAGCUAAAGCAAUGCACGUGAAAGCAUCGGCACAAAUUUCAUUGUCUUUCUUCUUGGAUAAGACAGAUAUAAAAGGUAUAGCUGGUAUUAUUUUGUCGUAUAACCUUAAUAAUUUUUUGCGCCGUUCUUUUAAUCAUUUAAGGUAUCAGCACAGCAGCCUGACAAUGGAACAAGCAGUUACCACCACAGAAAAACCGGAGGACAUAAACACCCCGGUAUCAGUGAGGGAUACCACGGCGACAGAGGCAGUAAAAGAUGUUAAACGCAAAAACGACGAAGCGGACGGACUGGAGAAAAAUACCAGAGUGAAAAGGCAAAGAGGAGCGGGAGGAAAGAAGCUUCGUCCCGGCGAGAGAUACAUCCCACCACCGCAAAAACGCAACCCGGGUGUUAGCUUUAACCAGGAGCAUUUCAGUGAGACGUCCUACUAUUUCGAGGGCGGGCUGCGUAAGGUGUACCCAUAUUUCUUUGACUUCAAAACCUACUGCAAAGGUCGAUGGGUUGGGAAGAGGCUUCUGGAGGUGUUUGAGAAGGAGUUCAGAGCUGAAUCCAUAGAGUAUUAUCAGAAGGCGACCAGAGAGGGCCGCAUCCGGCUCAACGACACCCCUGUGGAGGACCUGUCUGUUGUGCUCAAGAAUAAUGAUCAUAUGAGGAACACUGUGCAUCGCCAUGAGCCACCUGUAGCUGCCACACCUCUGGAGGUUCUGGUGGAUGAUGGUGAAGUGCUUGUAGUUGACAAGCCGGCCUCCAUCCCUGUCCACCCCUGUGGACGUUUCCGCCACAACACAGUAAUUUUCAUUCUGGGCAAAGAGCGAGGCAUCUCUGAGCUUCACACCGUCCACAGGCUGGACAGGCUAACCUCUGGAGUCCUGCUGUUUGCCAGGACACUGGAGACAUCAAAGAAACUGGACCAGUUGGUGCGCGACAGACAACUUGAAAAGGAGUAUGUGUGUCGAGUAGAGGGGGAAUUCCCUGAAGGGGAGCUCAUCUGUGAGGAGCCUAUCCUGGUUGUGUCCUUUAAAAUCGGGCUUUGCCGAGUUCACCCAAAGGGAAAGGAGUGCCGAACUGUUUUCCAGAGGCUAAGCUUUAAUGGAAAAACAAGUGUUGUCCGCUGCUUGCCCCUGACCGGCCGCACCCACCAGAUCAGGGUUCACCUUCAGUACUUGGGCUUUCCAAUCCUCAAUGAUCCCAUCUAUGGUUCCUCAGCUUGGGGUCCUCAUAGAGGAAAGGGCGGGCUUGUGGGGAAGAGUGAUGAGGAUCUUCUGCAGGCCUUGGUAGAAGAACAUCGCUCUCAGGAAAAUUUACUCCUCUUAGACAUUAUGGAUGAUUGCAUUGGGGUUACACAUGAGCCAGAGAAGAAGGGAGCAUCUAAGAAAAUGGACAGGCCAGAUUGUUCCUCUGAGCCUAACAAGACCAGCGAAAGUGGUCAGGAUCAAGACAACAAGCUAGACAGCACUGAGGGGGUAAAUGUGAAUAGUAACACCACCUUUGAAAAAUGUCAGGAUACUAUACCAAUCAAAUCAAGUGGAAAUCAAACCAAAUCGACCAACUCUACUCAAGAAACUGCUCCUUGGACUCGAGACCACCUAUGUAGUGAAUGUAAAAUAGUGCGAACAGACCCCACAGAGAAAGAACUCAUCAUGUAUCUCCAUGCCUUACGAUACAAAGGGCCAGACUUUGAAUAUUCCACCCGUUUACCCAGCUGGGCCAAAGAGGACUGGGUGGAGGCUGAGUAGAGCUGACCGGCGUUAGUAUUUAACAUGUCUCUGACCAGAAAUCCUUUAAACAAUUUUAUUUUAAAGCCUUCCAAAUUUGCUGUGAUGCUUUUUGUUUCUCAACAGUUCUUCAGUAAAAUUUCAACAGGUGGCAGAAAAUGCCUUGUUUUGCUAGUUAAUUUAAGUUUAAUUUUAAUUUCAUCCUCGAAGCCUGCAAAACAACAAAGAUUUGAAAUAAAUUCAGAGACAGCUUGCAUGAAAAUAAAUGUUUUAUUUAAUUUCUGGAAAAUGAAUCAUAGGUAUAUGCAAUGUUGGUGAUGACUUUAAUUUUUUUUUUUGCGAUUAAAGAAAGCCUGUGGUUGA